GACUGAGCCACCCAGGCACCCAGAGCGCAUGACUCUUGAUUUUGGGGUUGUGAGUUCCAGCCCCACCUUGGGCAUAGAGUUUACUCUAAAAAAAAUGGGGGUACGACAGCUUUACUAGUCUUCUGAAGAAUCAGGAAGAGAGGAAACUCUCCAACUCAUUUUAUGUGUCUAAUAUUAUCUGCAUGCCAACACAUGGCAAAUCAGUAUAAGAAAGGAAAGUUAUAAAUCUCACUCAUGAACAUAAAUGCAAUAAUUCUAAAGAAAACAUUAGCAAACUAAACCCAUACACAUAAACACUGAGAAAAAUAACACCCACAAGUGAAUUCUUCCAGCACAGAAAAAUAAUCCCAUGUGGAAACACAGAAAUUUAAGAAGGGAACAAGAGCACCAGAAAUUGAAAAUGAGUGAGUAAAUCUAAAUGAGUAUUUACCGUAUACGACACUAAAAAUAAUGUCAUAUGAGGACUCUAGCUGCAGGUGCCCUCAGAACUCACCAGGAGCUACCAAGGGAAAGAUCUGCUGCCGCUGGGAGGAGGGAGAAGAAACCGUGUCAUAUUUAACCGCAUUUUUCCAGCGUUGUAGUCAGAGUGAGUGCUGCUAGCUGCUGUAACGACUCUUGGAAUAUCAGAACUCUUUGCCAAUGCCAUGGUAAUUGGUAGCAUUCAAGACCUGGUGCUCCGUCAGGUCAGCGGAGUUCCUGAGUGACCGCACAAAAAGACAAAGGACCCUUCCCUUUGCCCAAGCCCUCUAAUGCUGACCGGUUUGUGGAUCCUGGUCGGGAAGAGCCCCUGGGAAGCAGGAAACGAGCGAGGAAGCCCAGGCCUCCAGGGCCUGACGGCGGCCGCAAGGGGCGCAGCAUUUCGUGCACUAGGAGGCAGCACCACGCCGAGGAAACCGCACUGGAUCCGCCAACGGGAUGUGCAGCCUGGGGCUGGUGCCUUUGCUCGCCGGGAGUCCUCACUUGAAAAGUGGGCGCGAGCAGAGCAGGCUUGCGGAGUAGUUGCGGGGCAGAUUAAGUGAUUAAUGAUGCCUUUCACCUUCUUGGCUUUGGACAACAAAUCAGUGGGCGUUCGCGAAAGCCAAUUUGCUUCCCCUCUCGCCCCCACAGACAUUUUGAGAGCCACGCGGCGUGGCUGGCCUCGCAGACCCGGGCCGGUCCCGCGGAAGGAUGCCCUAAGCUGUGUUAAAGCCCAGCCCGUAGCUCGCGGGCGGGCGGCGCGCAGGGGACUACAGUUUCCAGAGUGCCCUGCGGCGACGGGCGGAGCCGGGGAGCGCCCGCAGCCAAUUAAGGGGUCUUCGGGCGUUGCCGGGGAGCGGCAGGUGGAGCCGGGCCGUGGGUGGGCGCGGGGCCAGGUCCCCAGAACGCGUCCCGAGCCCCGGUGGGGGCGCGGCGCGAACUGGGCGGGCAGUCGGGAGGCGGCCCCCGGGACGGGACCGAGCGGGGGCGGGGACCGCGGCCGCCUGCGCGGUUCCGGGUGCUCCCGCCGCGCGCAGCCCGGGGCGCACUUGACCGGGGACGGGCUGCGGGGAAGGGCGGGUCUGGGGAGAACCCCCGAGCGCCGCGGCGUCCUCCAGCCCCUCCUCCUCGCGGCCGCCGGAGCCACAGCCUGA